UCGAAAUAUCACUACACCACUACACGAUCACACUAACGAAACCUCGAAAAACGUAACGGCUUAGCGGUACACGCCACCCUACCUUGCUCUCGCUCAAUAAGGCCUUUAAUCUGCUUCAUACGGCGUCAAUUCCGACAUAGACGAAUAAUCCUCGUACAUACCAGGUGCUUAUGCACCUAAAUCGAUUUAAGAAUUUAAAAAAAAGAGAGAGAAAAUCGCAAAAUCCAUGGCGGCACACCACACCCCGCGCAGCGUCGCCGACGCUACGCGAUUUACAUCGAGCACGCCGCACGCCAACGUAAAAGCCGCAUCAGCCUCUUCCUCUUCCAGCAAAUCCUCUCCUUCAAAAACCGGUUCCGCAUCGUCUACGUCAUCACGACCAGCACAAUCGAGCCGUCUACCACCGGCAGGCAUGCCGAGGCCGUCCGCGCCGGAGUCCAUGGAGGAGCGGGUACGUCGGUUACGAGCCGCGCAUCUAGCAGCGAGGAAGCACGAGACAUCGAGGCUCGACCAGGUGGUUAAUGCUUCGAGGCGGUAUUUCGACGCUGCUCACAAAUUCACUGUUCUAGGGUUGAUUGGGUUCAGUGGCCUCGCCCUCUUCGUAACAAUCUACGCCACCGCCGACAUGAUGGUAUACAACCGCAAGCGGCGCAACGAGUUCUUCGCGCUGCAGCGGCAACUCAAGUCCGACAGUCUGGAAGCCGCGCGUCUGGCCUACAUAACGAACUCCGCCACGCCGGAACAGAUCGCCCUCGUCGAGGAAGCCGAGGCCAAGGCCCGGGACUCCGGUAUGAGCCUGCCUCCACUACUCUCCGCACCCAGAUCCAUGUCCACCACAGCAGCAGAGGGGGCCACGGCAACCGAAACCGUAGGAAGGACAGCCUGGGCCGGCGAGUCCUUGGCCGAGAGCAGCCUCUCUGCCGCUGACGAGGUCGAGAAGCCGAAGAGCAAGGGCUUGAGCGGGUGGCUGUUCGGCGGGCUAAAAAAGGAAGAGCCGGGGAGCGAGGCGAGGCUGAACUUCGACGCCGAAGCGAAGGCCGCCGCGUCAGGGUUAGAGUUGAAAGAGAAGGCGAAGACGGCGUUCGAGCAGGAGCGCGAGAACCAAAGAACCGGCGGGCCCCUGGAUCAGCUCGGGAAGCCGAGCGGUGGCGAGACUAAGAAAUCGAGCUGGUGGUAGAGCGACUC